AGAAAAGCAUAAGCGGAGCAAACGGUCUCUUCUCAGAAACCUUAUCCACCACUUCUCCACCUCGAAAGGCCGAGAGAACAGCCAUGGCGUCGUUGAUAACAGGAGUCAGACCUCCACCAAUGACUCCUCAAUGCCUCAGUCUCUCUUCUCGCUUCUCGUCCUCCCAAUCCUCAGCCCUAGGCCUCCCUCUUUGCGACUCAACAUCUUCACUCUCGCUCUCUGCCACUCCUUCAUCCUCCGUUCCUUUCGUGUACUGUGGCCGAGGCGAUAGGAAAACCGCGAAAGGAAAGCGUUUCAAUCACUCUUUCGGCAAUGCGAGGCCUCGGGACAAGAAGAAAGGAAGAGGACCGCCCAGGGUACCGCUUCCUCCUUCUGCACCAAAGAAAGAUCUGUUCGAGGACACCGACGUUGUUAGGAUUGAAAUUGACGAGUAGCUGUUUUCGAACUAAUCAAGUAUGCUUAAAUACUGUCGUUUAUUGUAUUCUGUAAACUUUGAAGUGGCUUGUAAAGCUUCUCUUCGUCUAUGGAAGUUGCUUUUAUGAGUUUGCUGCUGAUUA